AUGAGUUCAUUAAGAGCUACAUUCUACGCGCACCAGACGCUGAAUCUCCACGCUCGGUACAAUCUAUCGGACAAUGCGAAGAAGCUUCUUCGGGCUCACGACGAGUGGAGAAUGGGAUCCCUUGGCCAAGAAGAACUGGGUCGUCGGGUCCGAAUGUCUGUUGACAACCGGAAGGCCAUCACGGAUACGAUCACCAAAUGCGCCGCGACAAUGCGCAAGAAACCCGCCGAUACCAAGAACUGUAUCGAUAUUAUCCAGGCCUGUACCGAGAUUUUGGACGCUGCUGACAAGCCACCUGACUCGGGCUGCCUCCCAUUCCUCAAACUACCUGCCGAACUACGCCAGAUCGUAUAUCGCUGGUAUGCAAGCAGUAUUGUAGCUUCGACAUUGGUAGCAUAUUCAAGCGAACUGGACUGCUACUGCGGCAAAUGGACAUCUCCGAACACUUCGGCUAACCCUCCUAUACAUCGCGUGGACAUGGCGUUGGCCAGGACCUGCAGCCAAAUCAAGACCGAGUACCUCGAAUUCCUCUACCACAAAUACACCUUGUACUUCGACUGCUGCUGCGAACUGAGCAAGCGCUUGCAAGGCAACCCGACCCUGCGCUCCAAUCUUCGUUCGGUCAGGGUCCAUUGGACCGGUCCCUUGUCGGACAAAGCCUUCACCUGUCUCGCCAAGUGCCAGGAGUUAAAACAUCUUGACAUAGUCGUCUCCAAGUCAACCACGAUUUACGAGACUCCCCGGGAGAAGGAGAUGCGACGUUAUUUUCGUUCAAACAAGCCAGUUAGACUUGCGGACGCUUUAGGAAUCGACGAACUGCUCACCAUUCGAGGCCUCACGUCUGUUUGUGUUUCGCACGUGCACGCCAGACAAACUGCAAAGCGAACAGAUGAAGAGCGGGCGAAUCUCCAGGGCUUGCUCAGGGUCAAACUUCGCGUUCUUGAGCUCAACUAG